AUGGAAAAGGGGAACAGCGUCGCUGGGUUCAGCUUGCUCCCCGUACGCUACGGAAAUAGUGCUGGAUACAAAUUCGCCGUGCAUUACAUGUAUGUGCGUGAGCAUCUGAGGGGGAAAGAAGCGGCAAUACUACCGCCGGGCCGCACGCUUUUUGUUGUCAACCUGCCCACCGACGCAACGCGCGGCAUGGUUCGUGCCUUGUUUCGCAAGGCAGGCGCUAUUGAAGCGAUUCAUUUGCAUAACAUUCUUGGUGUAGACAUGCCGGAUGACGACGAGGGCGACGAGGAAGCGUAUACUGGCGUACCGGCGUCUACGAAUAACGCAGCGCCCAACAAGAGCGGCCCGCCCAAUGUCAUUCCGCUGCCGGCAUUAGACCCCAACAUGCUUUUGGGGUCAGGAUCAAGUGCACAUAUUGUAUUCCUCGACGAUUCCUCGCUCGGACGUGCAAAGCAACUCGUUGCAAAGUACCAGGCGAAGCCGUACGUAUGGCCGCGCCCCGACGCUGCGGGUGCGGAAGAGGAUAGCGACGAGGAGAGCACGAGGAAUUACAAGCAAAAGCCUGCUGCUCCCAAGGAAUCCCGGCUGGUAGGGCUUGCAUACCUUUUGGCACGGCACCGUAUGCAUCGGCCACCUUUGGACCGUGUGAAGCAGCAUGCCGACUCGGCCAUUGCACGGUAUUCAUGGAUUCGCGAGCAUCCACAAUGGCUCAUGGAACAACGUAUGCAUGGUGAUCAGACGACCAGCAUGGGCGUAGGGAUCCAAGCGGCAAGCGUUGGUCCAGACGGCGCGCUUUUGGACGAGGACGGGUUUACCAUUGUGCAAAAGGGCAACAAGUACGGCCGCUCUGGUGGUGAAAGCAGCGCAGGUACCUUUGGCGCUAUUACACCCGAAUUUGAGGAACUCUUGCGCACUAACCCCGAGAAGAAAAAGGCCAAGGAACUGCAAGACUUUUACCGCUACCAGUUCCGCGAGCGGAAACGCCAGCAAUUUGCCACGCUGCGUUCGCAGUUCGAGGCGGACAAACAAAAGGUUGCACAACGCAAGGCAUCCAUGCGUUUCAAACCGUACUGA